UAUGACCUGGAUGACAGAAUUUGCACGGACAUGCUGUGAGGGGCGUUUCACGGUGUUCUUAAGUUUCAUUUUAGGAAAAGAAGAGGAAGUUGGCGUGUUUACACGAUUGAAACAGUGAGAUAACUGAAGUACGAUUGUUGUAGAGGAACGAGAUGUUUAGACAACAAUCCGUGGGAGGCUGAACCGAAGCGACAGGAGCAGGAAGUCAGUUUGUUCAGAUCAGUAAAGCUAACCGGUUCUAGCUGACAGUCAAACUGAGGGGAAUCUCGCUGUUGUGCUUUCAGGAACAUGGCCAGAACUGCUGCUAACGGAAGCUUAAAAACGCACUUGAACCAGAAUGGACUGAAACUGGAGGAUGUGAAUAAAACUCACAAGAGAGAGAAAAAUGGCCCAGGGACUGGUGUUGCCUCCAGGCAGUACAAGCAAGAGUCCUUUGAACAGGCGCCCAUGUACGUAGCUGUGAUGACAUACCUGGGCUAUGGGAUUGUCACCCUUUUUGGCUACCUCAGAGAUUUCCUCAGAGCUGUGGAAUUAGAGAGGUGCCAUGUUGCCCAGGAAAAAGAAGAACAGAAGGAUUUUGUACCGCUUUAUCAAGAUUUUGAGAACUUCUACACUCGAAAUCUGUACAUGAGGGUAAGAGACAACUGGAACCGCCCUAUAUGCAGCCUGCCAGGACCUGUGUUUGACCUGAUGGAGAGGGUGUCUGAUGACUACAACUGGACAUUCAGGUUAACUGGGAGGACAAUACACAAUGUCAUCAAUACGGGCUCUUACAACUACCUUGGUUUUGCUGAGAACAGCGCUGAUUUCCUGAAAACUGUGGCAGAUGUAACGUGCCAAUAUGGGGUUGGAGUUUGCAGCACAAGGCAGGAAAUAGGUAACCUGGGCAUCCAUGAAGAACUGGAUAAACUUGUGGCCAAUUUUCUUGGAGUAGAGUCCUCCAUGACCUUUGGGAUGGGUUUCGCCACCAACUCGAUGAACAUUCCAGCACUUGUUGGCAAGGGUUGCUUGAUAUUGAGUGAUGAGCUCAAUCACACAUCUCUCAUCUUAGGGGCCAGACUGUCAGGAGCGACCAUCCGAGUGUUCAAACACAACAACAUGCUCAGCCUGGAAAAGAUGCUAAGGGAGGCAGUUUGCUCAGGGCAGCCUCGGACCCACAGGCCCUGGAGGAAGAUCCUCAUCAUGGUAGAAGGCAUAUAUAGCAUGGAGGGCUCAGUGGUGCGACUGUCUGAGAUCAUUGCCCUAAAGAAGAAGUAUAAAGCAUAUCUGUACCUGGAUGAGGCCCACAGUAUCGGAGCAGUGGGGCCAUCAGGGCGGGGAGUGACCGAGCUGUUUGAUGUGGACCCAGCAGAUGUGGACGUGAUGAUGGGCACCUUUACCAAGAGCUUUGGGGCUGCUGGAGGUUAUAUUGCAGGAAAAAAGGAGCUGGUGGACUACCUGCGCAGUCAUUCUCACAGCGCAGCAUACGGCACGGCCAUGUCCCCACCUGUCACUCAGCAGAUCAUACGUGCCAUGAAGUGCAUCAUGGGAAAUGACGGGACCACAGAGGGCAUUAGACGGGUUCGCCAACUGGCAGAGAACAUCAGAUACUUCAGGGCCAGGCUGAAGGAGAUGGGCUACAUCAUCUACGGCAGUGAUGACUCACCUGUGGUUCCAGUCCUGCUCUACAUGCCAGGAAAAGUGGCGGCUUUUGCUCGAGAAAUGCUGGAGCGGAAAGUAGGCGUAGUGGUAGUCGGGUUUCCCGCCACGCCGAUCGCAGAGGCCCGAGCUCGUUUCUGUCUGUCUGCAUCACACACCAGAGAAAUGCUGAACCAGGUGCUGCACCAUCUGAACGAGGUGGGAGACAAUCUCUGUCUGAAGAUCUCACAGCAGAAAUAUUCCUCACAGCCUGACCUCUAUAAUGAGGCAAACUUUGAGCCAGACAGCUGAUAUGACCUUUGACACUAUCGCUUCACACUGUCAAAACUAAGUCUGAGUGUCCAUGCUGCAGCAGAACCCAUAAACACACAGUGUAGAAUAACGCCCAUGUCUCAUUGCAGAGAAGACGCCAAAUGUUUGGCAGCUGCUUUUUUUGGUUUAUAAAACAGUGAUUUAACAGAACCGUUAUUUGUGCUUCUUCAGACUAUAUGCAUUCUUAAAGUACUAUUUUUCUGAAUACAUUUAUUUGUGAAUACAUACUGUGUAUGAAAUGAUUGCACAAGAAUGGCUGUAUUGGUCUCAAACUCAAGUAUGGUGUAAAAUAUCUUUUUGUAUUUGGCAUUUUAAUAUUGAGAAAUAAUUUCAGUCUAGAAGUCUGAUUCCUCUGCACUCAUGUUUUUAAGCAGGUUUAAAAUUUAAGAUCAGAAGAGGCCGACUCUAGUUACACAGUUAUUGUGUUUACUUAUGUCUGUAUUUAGAUGUUGAAAACUUUUUAUGGAAUAAUUUUUUACUUAUAAAUUGUUCUCAGCCACCAUUUAUUUAAAAAGAGCUGGUGGUGGUUAUUAUUACAGAGUGAUGCACAUUGUGUAAAUUUAUUUUCUUAACAUGAAGUAGUAGUUGUAAGUAACGGAAAAAGCAUUUGGAGUUGUACAUUUUCUCCUCUGGAGUACAGUUGCAUUGCUAAAAUUUCGGGUUUUCAGGUUUUAUCAUUUCUUUCCAAUAAAUACAAACACCACGCACAAAGAACUUCCAGAAUGUGUUUUGCAAUAGGAAUAUUGAUUAAAUAUCCAAAUGACCAGGCUCUAAAAAGUC